UUGGUAUCCUAGCAACAUGCAGAAACUUCCUCUCAGCAAUGGCUAAAGCUCACUAACCUUGGAAACCUCCAACGGUAUGUUACCCUGGCUUUACAGGCAACUAGAAUAGGUGAGAGUUAACAGACUCCCACUGAAGCUGCCCAGAGCAUUUGGAGUAAGGAGCUCCCUUCAAACCAGGGACAGAAUGAGCUUUACCAUUAAAUUCAAGGACCUCCUGAAUCUUGCACUAGGCACCACAGACCCAGGGGUGGUGGUGAAUUUCAAUGCCCUGCAUACCCUGCUGCAUAGCAUCAUAGAACACCUCAACCUGGAGGAGCAGACGAAGGUUCUUCCAGGGAGUGAGAAGGACUACCUCCCACGUAGCCCCUUUCAGGUUACAUCUGGGAAGAAGCCUGGGGAGAAGUCAGAAGAGAGUGAAGAGGAUAUAUUAUACCGUACACCAUCUGAUAGGAUCAUCAGCACCUUUGACCAGCGGCUGUCUGUAGUGGAAAGCCAGGUGGCCUUUCUGGAGGCACUGCCCUCCACCGAGCAGCUGCUGGAAAGCAGUCAGCCCUUCAAAAAACCAGCCCAAGAUAUGUGGCAGAUGUUGAAGCUCCAAAAAAAGGUAGAAGGGAAUGAAGAAGGAAUGACAAAGGCCAUGCAAACACUGCAGGAACUGCUCACCACUAUUUAUACCCUUCAGUCAGACACAGAUUACUUCAGGAUGGAAAUGGAACAGCUGAAGGAAAAGCUUGACAAGAUCAGCCUAGAUGAAGUAAAUAAACACUCCCAAGAAUUGAAAAAUCAGCAGGAUCAGGUGAAAAAUCUUCAGCUUGACAUGGAAGAUGUCAAGAAUAAGCUUUGCUGCUUCCCUGAUGGAAGUGACAUCAUGCAGUGGACCACCUUACAUGAUGCCAUGUAUUCCCAAGCUGACAUCAAAGAGACUUCUGAGAAGGCUGAGGCUAAGACCUCUGAAGUUACCCCUGAAGUUACCUCUGAAGUUACCCCUCAAGUUACACCAGAAGUUACCUCUGAAGAAGCUUCUAAAACUCUUAAAAUUCCGAAAACUCCAAACACCAGAAUCCCACCUGUCAAGACUGCCCAACCAAGAUCAGAUACUAUGCCAUCCCCUUUUGGUAAAGCCCUUGUUGCCAGGGGCAUCACUGUUGGUCCAGAAACUGUUGCUUCCAUGGGCAUUGCCAUUGAUCCAGGCAUCCUCACUGCCAUGGGCAUCACCACUGAUCCACACAUCCUUGCCACUAUGGGCAUCACUCCUAUCCCAGGUGCUGGCUUGGGGACUGCUGGAGAGCCAGGUGCCACUGCUGCCUCUACCACUGGCCAAUCAUUCAUUGGUCCAUCAUCCACUGGCCAGUCAUCCACUGCAGGACCAUCACUGGGUAUUUCCCCAGACCUCAAUUGGAAUGCUUCAUCUUUCCUUGCUGCUUUGGGCAUCACCCCUAAUGAAACCACUCUUGAUGAACUGGGCCUUGACACUAAUGCAGACAGCCUCACUGCUUUGGGUUCCACAGUUGAUCCAGCCACCCUUGUUGCACUAGCAAUCCUCACUGGCAAAGGCUUGCCCACCAAACUCCAUCCCCCAGUUUCAGUUCCAACUUUGCCAGAGGUCCCAGGCACCGCUACUGAAUCAAAAACCCUUGUUGUUCCAGAGAGUUCCACCAGCCUAGAUGCCACCGCUGGUAAGGGCACCUCAGCGGCAGUAAGCUCCCCUCACUCCCCUGUCAAGUCUUCCUCUCAGGUGUCUGAAGGAAUUGUAUCCUCAACCAAGUCCCUUAAGCAGCUGCUGACAGGUCAACCUUUCAGUGCAGAAGGAAAAAGACUAAUUGUAAAGAGGUUUAUGGGAAGCUUGAUCAAUUUACCAACACAGUACAAUAGCCUAAAGGAACAAUUUGCCAAGUUGGAAGAUGAGGUGCAGCAGCAGGCUAACUGUUUAGCAAAUCUUCAGUUUCUAAGUUCUCAUGGGCUCACACCCCAGCUAGACACUGAGAUGAGCACACUGCAGGACAAGAUAAAUACUCUCCAGGAAUCAGGACGAAAGAAUAAGACUUAUGAGCAGCAUUUGGAAAAGGUGCAGGAACACUGUAACCUGUUGGAAAAGGUCACUGAAACUCUGCAGGAUAAAAUGGAGGAUAUCAAGGGCCUUAAAAUAGUGGUGAAACAACUAGAAAUGAGAAAGGUGGAUAAAACUCGGAUGGAAGAACAAAUGAAAGAGAAAGCAGAUAAGAGUGCUCUGGCCUUCAAAGCAAGCCGGGCUGACUUGGAGUUCGCAACAGUUCAGUUACAUGACAUGAUGCACGACAUGCUGCAGAAGAUAUCUCUCCAUGAACAGGACUGGCAGAAGGUGCUGGAGAAGCUUUUCCUUGAUAUGGACUCCAAGCUGGGCCACGUGGACCUAGAUCCUAUGAAGAAACAGAUGGAGCAUAUCUGGAAAUUUGUAAAAAAGCACCUGAGUGAGGGCCCUCGCUUUGAUGCAGACAGUGCAGCUGGCUUUAAGAAGCAACUCUUUGAGCGGGUAAAAUGCAUCUCUUGUGACCGGCCUGUGGAAAUGAUGACAAGCCCGCAGUUGAUUAGUAUCCAGAAAAAAAACUUGUACCCCUAUGCCAGACCAGUCAGUGCAAACAGCUAUGAAUAUCUCCAACCGCUGAAGUUAAGAGGCGUGACGAGCAGAAUUAUACCAUGCAACAAUUACACAAUGAAAGGUUAUAAACCAAUUUUUGGACUGAAAAAACAGGGUGCGAUGAUUAUGCGGUGGCAACAAUUAUGCAGUAAAGUACGAGAACAGCAACGAGUACAACACCUGCAACCUAUACAGGGAAUGACCAACCUCCCCGAACAAGCCAACGUGCCCAGAGAUGGUCAGUCAUAUUGGGAUAACAAUUCUAGCCUGAGGCCAAUCAUGAAGAUACCGAACCUCACCACCCUUUAUCCAUAUGGGGAUCCAUCUGUGUUUCCUGAGAAUAGUGAAGUGAACAUUCUGGGAGUGGAUGGGGUCAUGUACAAAGGCAGGAUGGCCUCUCAUGGUGCUCCACAUUCCAUUAUUACUGAGAAGGACCUGGCAGGAUUAAAGAUCCCAAGGCCCCCACCAUCCCGCAGUGGAUGUGAGCGAAUACGUUCCAGUAUCUCUGGUACCAUCUACCCUGCCUCACGCCCCAGAACCAGCAUGACAGCUGAUGUUCUGCAGCAGCUCACUUUGCAUCCCAGGCUGACUUCAGGAACUCUCCAGCACUCCCCAUUCUCAACUGCAGAUAUGUCCAACACCAAUAACAGGCCUGUUUGCAGACCAACUACCAGCGGUGGCCCGUUUGUCGUCAAGCCUAGCUCUGCUUCUUUGCCUGUCAAUGGCUUCAAUCCCAUUUCACCAGAAGAGGGAACCAGCAUGUGAGCCCCUCCCACUCCCUCUUCCACUGAUGUAGCCCUCUCUCUUCCAUCAGGAGUCCUCCACUCACAGCCCAUCCCCUAACAGAGAUCAAGCUGGUAAUGGAUUCCAUGGCCAAACAAAGCUGGAUGGAUUUGAAAUCAGAGAACCUGGGUUUAAAUCUCAGCCCUGCCACAUAUUACCUUGUGACCUUGGACAAGUCACUUGCUCUCUUUGGGUCUUGAUUUCCUCAUCUGUAAAAUAAGGAGGUUGAAUUAAAUGGCUGUUAAGAUCCCUCCUCUUCUAAAUCAGUGAUCCCUCUGGGGCCAUCUCUUGUCCUUCCGUCCUUCAGUAUUCUAGCUUGCUGUAAAAAUGCUGGGGAAUUAUCAGUUGCUUUAAAAUAAAGUGGAUUGUUUAAGGGGUAUGAGGCAUGGAUCCAGCUGAAAUUCUCAGACUGCUGUUGGGGAAAAUCAGCCCUGCACCUCUCCCAUUGGUCAUCUUCCCAUAGGUAGAGCAUCUUCUCAUAUGCUGACACUUCUGCUCACCCCAAUACUUUUCUCCCCAGGGUGAAGAGGGGAGUGGUGAAUGACCCUCGAGAGAGCUAGGCCAGUCCAGCCCGAAUUUUAUGGCAAGAGUUGGCAAAUAGUAAUAAUCAUGGGCUCCUGGAUGCAGAGCUAGAAGGGAACUCAAAGGUCUUCUAGUCCAUCCCCUUAUUUUCAGAUGAGGAAACUGAGGCCCAGGAAGC